CUCGGUUUUUGAUCUUGCACCAGAUCAGCUUGUGGAUACAUCUGAAACUGUACCUUCCGCAAUAAACAGAGUACAGUCACCGACUUCUACGAAGGAGGGGCGCGAGAGUAAGAAAAAAGUCCACAACCUCAAAGAUGACCAAAGGCGCCAUCCACCCGAACGGGUCGAAUUUCUACCGUGGCAUACGGUACGACGUGGUGCAGCGGGUGGAGAAUUUGCUGGAGCAGCAAAGCUACCGCGAGCGGCCGGACUGGCUGCUGUACUGCCAGCGGGUGCCGCCGUUAGAGCUGACGAACCUGCAGCUGCAGGACAAGAAGAUCGCGAAUCCGUACCGGAUAUCAAAUGUAAAAAUGUCUGGGUCUGGAAGAUUGCAACUUGUCAUGCUAAAUCUGCAGCAUGCGAAAAUCUGUGUUGCGUGAUUACCAAAAGUCGUCCAGUUUUGACCAAGUCGGGAGGGAGUUUCUCAUGCAGGAUAGGCAUUAGAAAGGUCUCGCAGAAUCUGUCAUGCUAGGUCCUGCAUUCCAGACCUCAUGGGUCAUGGAAAAGCAGCAUGACAAAUCGCGCACUCUUCCAGACCCAGACAUUUUUACAUUUGAUACCGUAUCCUGGUCCGCGACUUGCUGCAGAAGUACCCGGACCUCCGGUUCGUCGACUGCUUCACCGACGGGAACGACUGGCAGCAGGGCAACGACGUGUACCGCAGUGACCACCCGGUGAUGCAAUUUGUUUCACACCAGUUGCGGCUGAUGAAUGGCGGGGCGAACAGUAGUUCAUCAUCCACGGGGCGGAGCUACAACCACGCAGGCGCAGCUUUACGCUCCACCGGUCGGAAGAUGACCAAGCAGGAGGCGUUUCGCGCCACGGAAAAGAAGUUUCGGCAGCGCCGGUUCGCGCAGGAGCGGCAGCAGAAGCUGCUGAUGUCGAUGAUGGUGGGACACGAGCGGUUGCAGCCGCUGUUCACGAAGGCGAAGGACGUUCUGCGGGAGAAAAAGUGCGAGUUCCAGGUGACGCACCUGCGGCACAUCCGGAAGGAGUUGGCAAACAUCCGGCGGAACGCCACGGGCACCGAGGAGCAGGGGGAGGAAGAGUAUGGGCGGAAAUCAGCCGCGAGAAGCAGGGCAUCCAGUAAGUCCCGGGUCGUGCGCGGCACCGAACUCGAGAAGCAGCGGCUGCAGUUGUAUCGUCGGAGAAUCGUUCUUGAGUCAAGGCGAGACUCGAUGAAAUCUUGCAGUUUCCGAGCAAAAGUGAAGAAGUGUUUCUAUCCAGUCGCCGCGGCAGUCGGAGACGGGGGUUGCACGCUUUGUAGUUCAAGAAAUCGUUAUUUCUCACGACAGAAUUUGAAUUGCUCGUUUGUCAUGCAUCAAAGUCGCAGCAGUGUGCUAUGAAAAUAAGUAAGUUUGCAAGUUUAAGUGCCUUGACUCACAGUUCCGCCACGGGAUACGUUGCUCGCGAGUACGAAGGAAGUGAAAGACGUCGAUUUACUGCUCGAUGACGAGCUGGACGGAUUGCACCCGUACCACAGCAUUGCGCGGGAGCGCCGAAAAAGGCAGCAGAAGUUGGUCAUUCAGCAGAUGAGCGACAUGAUCCUGGCAUCAAAUCGGGCAGCGGGGGAGAAAAAUGAGAGUACAGAUGAUUCGUCAAAGGACCUGAGCGGUUCUGCGUCGUCGCGAAGUAGCUCAGGGACACUCGACGACGCGGACGUGGCGCAGCGACUCUUCGGGAAUCGAUUGAAAACAAAUAAAGCGCCAUCGAAACCUGCCAUUGGGGAAGGUGUGUCUGCCAGUUCUAGCAGUGGUGCCAGUGUUGAGCGAGAAGUAGCGUCGACCUCCAGCACCGCACGAACUAUGGCGGAAAAAGGAAUGUCGUGCGAGGAAGGAACAAAUGCAUCAAAUCCUCUUGGAGAUGAGCAUGACAGUAACACUCCCGCUGCAGACGGUGCGAUAAUCAGUGCGCUCGCGGCGAACAGUUUUCGCAGUGGAGGACUUGGGACGACUGAGAGGCACGCGGACGUCGAAGAUACUUUUCGGUCCGGAGAGACGGACAAGAUGACGAAAAUCAUUGGCAGAACUGAAGAUCGUGAUAUGUGUGGAGAAGUUGUUGCAGACACACUGCACCAUUCGCAAAAAGUUGCUUCCCCCACACUGUCCGCAGCCGAAACCUUACAGGAGAAAUUGAAGCGACACCGCGAGAAACUGGAGCAGUUGCGCAAAAAGCGGCAGGAGCUGGAGAUGGACAGGGAGAAGAAUUGGAAUGCGGGUAGUGUCGACAGUUGUGAUAAUCCGCGAGGGGAUUAGUGCAAAUGUCAGCAUAAGAUUCACACUGCAACGAGAACGACCGAGUUCGCAGUCACGCAAAUUUCAUCGAUGUGAUGAGAAUGAUUGCAGUAAAUGCAGGCGCAGGCGAGCAGCGCACGUCCGAAAAUUGAG